AUGAGUGAAAAGUUAAUAAAUAUGGAUAAGCCAAUACCGAAACCUAGAACUCGUCGUUUGAAUUGUAGAUUAAAUUGUGACGAUACGUUAAAUCUUGAAGACACUUUGUUAUCAUUUAAUGGACCAAUUGGACAGGAGCAAGCUUGGGCAGUUUGUCAUCAAACUGCUAAAUGUCUCGCUGCACUUGGACCAAAUAAAUUACAAGAAUUGACUCGUCUUACUCAAAUUUUAUUGCAUAAAGAAGGUUAUGUCUUGCUGGAUUUACCUACAGACUCGCAUGCUAUGCAUUCAUCAGAAAGGAAGGUCGUUUUUUCUUUGGGAGUUUUAAUUUUCAAGGCUCUAGACUUCCGGUUGGAUCAAAAAGAAGAGAGACGAUUGUCCUUGGAUUUAAAAGAUUUGAUUAAUUUGAUGACAAGCUGUGAUGAAGAAUAUGAACCUGAAGAACGACAUGAAACUGAUGAUGAAGGUAUUGGACGCGACUCUGAAGCAGAAAUGGAUGAGCCACAUGAGAAUGGUUCAUACAUUAGCAAUCCUGAUUAUUAUAGUUUGAAGAACAUUAUUCAAGUAUGCGUUAAACAUGUGCAGGGAACUGAAGAGCAAGCAGAUGUUCAUUACCGAGCAGUAAUCCGUGCAUUUGUCCAUGAAGCACUUGAAUUAACGCAGUUUCUUGAAAAAGUUGCAGUUGAACGAUUUCAAGAUAGUCCUACACAUUUUUCUAAACAUUCUGAGCCAAAACACGCUGUAGCGUCUUGUCAACAGUUGGAUACUCUUGGCUAUGAUGACUGGGCACGAUUCUGGGUACAAGUAAUCGGUGAGCUGCGUCGUGGAAUAAAACUAAAAAAAGUUGAAGAAAACUUGGGAAAACGUGGUCGUGCUCACAGUAAAGGACGUGGGACUGAGUUUGAAUUGACUCCUUACGAGAUUCUCAUGAAUGACAUUAGAGAACGUAGAUAUAAUCUCAAAAAAACACCAGCACCUUCUCCACGUGUGACAAAAGAUGCACGUGCCGUAGUCUUAGAAUUUAUUCGCAGUAGACCUCCACUGAAAAAAGCAUCGGAAAGACAACUACCACCUAGAAGAAAACAGUCUACAAUGCGUGAGUUAUUGAUGGAAAGUAUCAAAAAACCUCCUAGACCUUUGAGAUCUUGUCGAGAACGUCAGCUCAAUGAGAAAAAAGGUGAAGUGCCUCCAGCUCAAGCUGAACAGGUACAAGAGCAGGAACCAGCUCAAGAUGUUGCAGCACAGUGGCGUCAUUCAGAAGGUCAAGGGUCGCAUCCGGUGCCAAAGCCCCGUCAACGUCUUAGCAAACCUGCUGAGACUAAGGCUCGGAAUCGUAAGUGUAGGAGACGAAUUAGGGCAUCAGAUGAUGGACAAGAGGCAGUAGAAUCUGAAACUGGGGGUCAAGUUAUCAAGAAGCAACAGAGAAAACUUAUCCCAGUUGAUUUUAAACUUGACAUCGAAGAAGAUGAUGAAGAUGAUGAUGAUGAAGAUGAUGAAUAUGCGGUGACUAGAUUUGAAGAUGAUGACGAACCAGCAGAUAAUGAUAAUGAAAUGUAUCAAAAAUCUAAAUGGUUUGGAGGUAGACCUCACGUUGGUGGUGACAUUGAAGAUGAUGAUGACAAAAGCUCAGCAAAUCCUUGGAGAAAAACAGGAAAACUUCGUUUGACUCAAAAUGAAUAUCAUCGAUUUUGUGACGCUCAAUUAGAAUCAUAUGAUUUAGCAACACAAUGUCCAUCGAGACGAGCAUCAGCACGAAAGCACACGGGUCGCUGUAGCACAAAACCGUUGAUUGCAUUCUCUGGGACUUGUUCAGUACCGCAUUCAAGGCCUCAAAGCCGCCAACAUGCUGGAGUCAUGGGAAAUGAUAUGCGAAUGAGUUUAAAUCCCAGUCCGAAUGUAAGUCCAAGUAUUAGUCCUCGUGCCAGAGAAAGAAUUCUCAUGAAAUCACACACCACUGUUGAACCUGAUAACAAUCAACAUACAAAUCAGUCUGACAAUGAUAGAAAACCAUCUCUUGGUGACAUGUUUCUUGAUGAAAGACUCUCAUUAACACUCGAAGAAAUAGUUCAUAUCCGUAGUGUUUUAACAAAAGCCGAGUUAGAAUCAUUGCCGGUUGAGGGUAGAGUAAAAGAAGAUGUAGAGAAACGUCGUGUGUGUUUCUUAUGCUUAAAAACACGUUUUGGUAUCCUUGGUCCCUGGGGACAACGCUGUAGACUUUGUGAAAGAACUGUCUGUGUCAAAUGUUACUCAAAGAUGCGUAUUCCAACGGAACAUUUCGCUCAUGUACCUGUGGUAUUAUUGUCACCUGGUUUACUUCUUUCUCCAUCAAAUUCCGAACCAGAUUCAAUAAGAAAUCCAUGGCCAAGACCUGGUGGAGCAGUUGGCUCGGCUCCAGCAUCACCGGCUCAUCGACGUCGUGAUCCAGCAUUAAAUAAUGGAACACCAUUAUCAACACCUAAUCCUGCAACCCCAGCUGACAAUCUUACUCCUGGUUCAACACCUACGUCUUUAGGUCGCAGAGACGAUCUUUUAGACCGGAGUAGGUAUCCGAAAGUUGGCGGCAGUCCAAGUCGUAUGUCUAAUAGUGCUAUUGGUAGUCUUGGACCGGGGGCUGGAAGUGAGCCUCUUGCAGCAGAACGACUUCGAGGUGUAUCGAUGGUUGUUUGUCAUGAUUGUCGUAUUAUGGUCAUUCAAAUUAUUAAAAGUUCCCGUAGUACUCGGGCGACAAUACGCAACAAUGUUAUAUCACGUCUCACUCUCAAUCUUUCACCGGCAUAUGUUUAAAUUCAUAUUAAAUCAUUAUAUAUUGAACCCAUUGCUGUAGAUUAGAUAGUUGUUUUAAUGUGGUUCGAAAAAGAAUUAAAAAAUAACAGAGAGAGAGAUAAAAUAAAACGAAUGAUGGCGAUAUUAUUGUAGAUAUAUUUACUGGGGCCCAAAGUACCAGGUAUUAAUCAGCGUGUAGUAUUUUUUCUUAAAAAAAAAUUGACAAAGAAGGAUUAUUGUAUAUUUAAUAAAAUGGAUAAUUAAUAUCGCUGUAUUAAAACGGCGGUAAACUCGUGGCCUAAUUGGUAUGUAAUGAAAGUGUCAUUAAAAAAAAAAAAAUAAUAAUAAUAAUAAUUAACGACGGAUAGAGUACAAUUUAAUUAAAUAAGUCAAUUCUCAUGACAUAUGCUAUUACUAUUUGGUAUAUUUUUCUUCAUUCAUUUUCCAAAAAAAAAUCGUUGAUAAUUUAUAAUAAACAAUUGAAUAAAGAAAAAUAAAAAAAAAUUAUUAUUGCAUGCAUGUACAUAAAUGCUGAAUAAAUAAUAGUGAUUAAUUUAAAUCAACAUUAAUUCUGAGAAAAUAGUUUAACAGUAAAAAGAAAAAGUAUAUUGUUGCUUUAAUCUUUUGUUAUAAUAGAGAAAAUAAAAAUGUGUUGAUCAUAAAUGCUUGAUUCUUGUCGCAGUAUUCCGUUGACUCGAUAUCUGUAUCCAAGUAUUUAAUGUUGAUCAUUAAAGUACACAUAAAUAAACUUAAGUGAGCAUUAUCAUACAAUGACUUAGUUUCACGCAAUGGAAACUAUUAUUUCGUCUUUAAGACGUCGAGAUUGUUUUGUCCAAUGGAUGAAAUAAAACAUAACAAUUGUCAAAUUUAUUUACGAUUUAAUUGUUAAUAAACUUAUUAUUUUGCAUGGUACUGUAAUUAUUUUUUGUUGAUCUGAAAAUAUGGGCAGGCCCCCUCUACAUAUUAUUUAUUAAUUUAUAUCGCCGUUGACUGAAAAAAAGUUAAGUAACAAAUAAAAGCGGGACAUCAAAGAUAAAUUCAUAUUAAUAAUAUAUAAAUAUAUAUAUAAAUAAAUAAAUAUAUGAAAAUAAAUUUAAUAUAUUAGUAAAUAAGAAAAAAAUAAAUAACUAUAGGAAAAGAGAUGUAUGAAUAUUUAAAAAAAUUAGUGAAUAGGUAUAAUUACCGCGUAUGAUGCAUGGUAAAGUGUAAUUGAAAUUUUCCUCGCUGUCUGAGGCCAAUAUAAAACAUUGUCACAAAUAGAUUUAAAAUGUUAAUUAAGUCGUAAUUUUAAUUUUAAUUAUGAGUUUGUAUGAAUUAUUUUUUAUUUGUUAUAUAUAUUUGUAAAUUUUUGAUUGAUGAAAAAAAAAGCAAACGACGUUAAAAGUAAUUUAGUUGUAGUUAACAAAAAAUUCCAUUUAACAUCAAAAAAAUUAUACUCUGUCAAUUUAUUGUUUAUUCUUUAUAUAUAUUAUUACUUAUUUAUUAUUAUUGCUCAUGCUCAUUACGACGAAAAAAUUACCGAUAAUUAUUUACUUGUCUUAUUAAUUCAAAUUCUGUUUCAAAAGCUUAUUUUAAACUGCAUUUAUCAAAACUAAAUUAUACAAACUUAUUAUCAAGUUAUUUUUAAUCUUGAUAACUGACGAAAAUUGUCAAGAUUUAAUAUAUAUUUAAAUUACAACUUUCAAAUAAUUAUGUACUCGAUAAAAAAGAUUGUAUUAAUCAUUAAUAUUCAACUGUUUUAUAAUUAAUUUUUUUAUAUAAAAAAAAAAAGUAUCGCAUGAGCUGAAAAAAAAAUGUUAAUAGUCGAAGUCUUUACUUUGUGACAAAAAAUUAUAAAAGCUCCAUCAUAACAGCAAAAUAUACUUCCACAAUGGUGCAUUUAUAAAUUAUUAAACAUUAAUUUAAGUUAAUAAAACAAUAUAUAUCAACGAAUUAAUAAUCAUUUACUCACAAACUAGGAUUUAUAAUAAACAAUAAAUUAGUAGGUCUGUGAGUAAGUAAUAAAACGUUGUUA